CCCAAGCUUGUGUGCAACUUCCUGCCACCCAGGAAACUGUACAAACCAACACUCGCUUCUCCUUUCUCCACUGUGGUCUCGGGCUGGCAGGGAGCCCCAGAUCCCCGUGGCCUUGGCCAGCUUUCCCAGCCCUACAUGGGAGGAGAGAUGCCCUGGACCAUUCUGCUAUUUGCAUCUGGCUCCUUGGCCAUCCCUGCACCGUCCAUCACCUUGGUGCCCCCCUACCCAAGCAGCCGCGAGGACCCCAUCUACAUCUCGUGCACAGCCCCAGGGGGCAUCCUAGGGGCCAAUUUUACCCUGUUCCGAGGGGGAGAGGUGGUCCAGCUCCUACAGGCCCCCUCAGAUCGGCCUGGUGUAACAUUCAAUGUGACUGGUGGUGGCAGUGGUGGUGGCGGUGAGGCUGCUGGGGGGAACUUCUGCUGUCAGUAUGGUGUGAUGGGUGAGCACAGCCAGCCCCAGCUGUCGGACUUCAGCCAGCAGGUGCAGGUCUCCUUCCCAGUCCCCACCUGGAUCUUGGCACUCUCCCUGAGCCUGGCUGGAGCUGUGCUGUUCUCAGGGCUGGUGGCCAUCACAGUGCUGGUGAGAAAAGCUAAAGCCAAAAACUUACAGAAGCAGAGAGAGCGUGAAUCCUGCUGGGCUCAGAUCAACUUCACCAAUACAGACAUGUCCUUUGAUAACUCUCUGUUUGCCAUCUCCACGAAAAUGACUCAGGAAGACUCAGUGGCAACCCUAGACUCAGGGCCUCGAAAGAGGCCCACCUCUGCAUCAUCCUCUCCGGAGCCCCCUGAGUUCAGCACUUUCCGGGCCUGCCAGUGAGGCUGAAGAAUGAGGACCCCUUUAUCCAGUUCUUUCCCUCCCACUGCCAGAGGCUGCAGAGGCUGCACAUCUGUCCAGAGACUUGGCAGUGGAGGUAGGGUGGGGGUGGGAAUCAAGCCAUAGCUUUCUUAGGGAAGGACUGGCCAAAGGAAGGGGACCUUGUAACCUUCCUCACAGAAGACAAGAAAAUGAGUUGGGGUAUCAGCCUAGAGGCUAGACAGAGAGCCAGAACCUCUUCACAGAUUCCCAGAUCACCAGAGAAGUGUCACUAUUGAAUCAGGACACCAAGUCAGGCACAAGAGGUCUACAUUCUCUAACUCCUUUCCUGUGCUUCCCCAACUGCAACUUACUUCCAGACUGGGUGUUUUAUUUUCAGGAGAGAUGUGUAUAUUUUUUGUUGCUGUUGUUGUUUCUAGAUAGGGUCUGUGUUCUGGAACUCACUGUGUGGAGCAAGCCAGCCUAAAACUCAGAGAUCCACCUGCCUCCAGAGUGCUAGAAUUAAAGUUACUGCCAUAACACCUAACUUUGGG